CGUAAACGGCUGCCUUCGCGCCACUUCCGGCCGGUUUCUGUGGCCGGUGCUGGUGGGUGAUCGUGAGGCUCCGGAGGACGUUCUCAGCGGCUGCAGCCAUGGAGAUGCCGCUGCCGCCAGACGACCAGGAGCUUCGGAAUGUCAUCGACAAGCUCGCUCAGUUCGUGGCUCGCAACGGGCCCGAGUUCGAGAAAAUGACCAUGGAGAAGCAGAAAGACAACCCGAAAUUUUCGUUUCUGUUCGGAGGCGAGUUCUACAGUUACUACAAGUGCAAGCUGGCUCUGGAGCAGCAGCAGCUCAUCUGCAAGCAGCAGGCCCCAGAGCUGGAGCCAACCACAGCCAUGCCCCCUCUGCCACAACCUCCGCUGGCUCCCACAGCGCCCCUCACUCCGGCCCAGGGCACCCCAUCAAUGGACGAACUCAUCCAGCAGAGCCAGUGGAGUCUCCAGCAGCAGGAGCAGCACCUGCUGGCCCUGCGCCAGGAGCAAGUGACUGCAGCUGUGGCACAUGCAGUGGAACAGCAGAUGCAGAAACUGCUGGAAGAGACACAGCUGGACAUGAGCGAGUUUGACAACCUGCUCCAGCCCAUCAUUGACACCUGCACUAAGGAUGCCAUCUCGGCUGGGAAGAACUGGAUGUUCAGCAAUGCCAAGUCCCCACCACACUGCGAGCUGAUGGCAGGCCACCUGCGGAACCGCAUCACCGCUGAUGGAGCACACUUUGAGCUGCGGCUGCACCUCAUCUAUCUGAUCAACGAUGUGCUGCACCAUUGGGCCCUGACGCGCGGAAGGUCUCUCCCUCACAGCCAGCGCAAGCAGGCCCGGGAGCUGCUGGCUGCCCUACAGAAGGUGGUAGUGCCUAUCUACUGCACCAGCUUCCUGGCUGUGGAGGAGGACAAGCAGCAGAAGAUUGCCCGGCUCCUGCAGCUCUGGGAGAAGAAUGGCUACUUUGAUGACUCCAUCAUUCAGCAGCUGCAGAGCCCUGCCCUGGGACUUGGCCAGUACCAGGCCACUCUCAUCAAUGAGUACUCCUCAGUGGUGCAGCCUGUGCAGUUAGCUUUCCAGCAGCAGAUCCAGAGCCUCAAGACACAACAUGAAGAAUUUGUCAGCAGUCUGGCCCAGCAGCAACAGCAACAGCAGCCACAGCCACAGAUUCAGCUGCCUCAGAUGGAAGCAGAAGUGAAGGCCACACCCCCACCAGCAGCACCUCCCCCAGCCCCAGCACCUGCCCCCACCAUCCCACCAACUACCCAGCCAGAUGACAACAAGCCUCCCAUCCAGAUGCCUGGCUCUUCCGAGUACGAUGCCUCAGCAGGUGUCCAGGAUCCUGCAGCUGCUGGCCCUCGGGGUCCUGGCCCCCAUGAGCAGAUCCCACCAAACAAGCCCCCUUGGUUUGAUCAGCCUCAUCCUGUUGCUCCUUGGGGUCAACAGCAGCCCCCAGAGCAGCCCCCAUACCCACACCACCAAGGUGGACCACCCCACUGCCCACCCUGGAACAACAGCCACGAGGGCAUGUGGGGUGAGCAGCGUGGGGACCCUGGCUGGAAUGGUCAGAGAGAUGCUCCCUGGAACAACCAGCCAGACCCCAAUUGGAAUAACCAGUUUGAAGGACCAUGGAAUAAUCAGCAUGAGCCACCACCCUGGGGUGGUGCCCAGCGUGAGCCACCUUUCCGGAUGCAGCGGCCCCCCCACUUUCGUGGGCCCUUCCCACCUCACCAGCAGCACCCACAGUUCAACCAGCCUCCACACCCCCACAACUUCAACCGCUUCCCACCCCGCUUCAUGCAGGAUGACUUCCCUCCUCGUCACCCUUUUGAGCGUCCACCCUAUCCUCAUCGCUUUGACUAUCCCCAAGGAGACUUCCCCGCAGAGAUGGGACCCCCUCAUCACCACCCUGGCCACCGCAUGCCACACCCUGGGAUCAAUGAGCACCCGCCCUGGGCUGGGCCCCAGCACCCUGACUUUGGCCCUCCUCCCCACGGCUUCAAUGGCCAGCCCCCUCACAUGCGGCGACAGGGCCCACCUCAUAUCAACCAUGAUGACCCCAGCCUGGUCCCCAAUGUGCCCUACUUCGAUCUUCCAGCGGGGUUAAUGGCUCCCCUUGUGAAGCUAGAGGACCACGAGUACAAGCCACUGGACCCCAAAGACAUCCGCCUGCCACCCCCCAUGCCACCCAGCGAGAGGCUGCUCGCAGCUGUGGAGGCCUUCUACAGCCCACCCUCCCACGACAGGCCGAGGAACAGCGAGGGCUGGGAGCAGAAUGGCCUCUACGAGUUCUUCCGAGCCAAGAUGCGGGCUCGGCGGCGCAAAGGCCAGGAGAAGAGAAACAGCGGCCCCUCCAGGUCACGCAGCAGGUCCAAGAGCCGAGGCCGCUCAUCGUCACGCUCUAGCUCACGCUCCUCCAAGUCUUCACGUUCCUCCUCCCGGUCCCGGUCCCGGUCCCGGUCCCGGUCCUCCUCCCGUUCCAGGUCCAGAAGCCGCAGCCGAUCACGCUCCUCCAGAAGCCGCUCGCGCUCCAGGUCCAGAUCCAGGUCCAAGUCCUACUCCCCGGGGAGGCGGCGCCGCUCCAGGUCUAGGAGCCCCACCCCACCCUCCGCAGCCGGCCUGGGUUCUAAUUCAGCACCUCCCAUACCAGACUCAAGGCUCGGAGAAGAGAACAAAGGACAUCAAAUGUUGGUGAAGAUGGGUUGGAGCGGGUCUGGUGGCCUCGGUGCGAAGGAGCAGGGCAUCCAAGACCCCAUUAAGGGCGGCGAUGUCCGGGAUAAGUGGGACCAGUACAAGGGGGUGGGCGUAGCCCUAGACGACCCUUAUGAGAAUUACCGCCGCAACAAGAGCUACUCCUUCAUUGCCCGAAUGAAGGCCCGCGAUGAGUUCUCCACGUUUGGGGCACGAAAGGAAGAGAAGGAAGACUAAUGCAGGCCCAGGGCUGUGCGGCUCAGUGUGGAAGGGGCUCCAGCUUGGCUUGCGCCUGCCCUGGAAGAGGUGCUGCAGAUAUCUCCGCCUCUCAGUGCCGGGAUAGCAAAGCUCAAAACCAAGACAACCCCACACCCAGCCCAGAACCCAAGUUCCUGAGAAGGCCGCCACACUGCGCAUGACAGCCCCAAAAGCUCGAAAGCCCAGCCUCUGAGCUGCAGAGGCCAGAAGGAAUUUCAUUUUGGUUCCACUUGGUUUUGUGUUAGAAAAAAAACAAUGACCCCUGGGGUGCAGGGGUUAAGAGACCUGACUCCUCAGUUUAUCGUUUCGGUGUAUUUUUAUCCCUUUCCUCAAAUGUUAGCUGUUUGAGGAGACAGGGUUGAACCUCUCUGGUCAGGAAAAGAUGGCCUCCAGAGCCCCUCCACCCAGCAUAGCACCUCAGCUUGCAGCUCCCGCCCAGGGAGCCCAACGCCUAGGAGGAGCACCCCAGAACACGGGGUGCCGUGGGGUACAGGGAGCCAGCCAGUACCUCCUGGGCUCUUGUUUUAUUUGCGAAUCCCAGCCAUUCCCAGAGAGGGAGGGAGGCCCUCAAACAUCCUGGAGCUGUAACAGUCUGGUGCCAGUUAUUUGUACAGAGACUUUUGAAAUGUUCUUUUCGAUAAAAUGCAAAGCCCUCUACAACUUCUCAGCACCACAUAAGACACUUGACUUUUUUUGUUUUAGAUUUCCCAUAGCUGUGAUGUGUGCAGACAUGUUUGACUUGGGAUAAACAAGCAGACACAUGUGCUGUUAACAACUGAUUGUGGAUUUUACUGUUUUGCCUUCAAAUAAAGCAUUUUGUAAAAGA